GCGGGCGGAGCCGGCCGUCGGGAAGGAUAUAUUGUGUGGGGGUACAUUACUGCGAGCCGGGUACGACUCUGUCCUUUUCGGAAUUUGGAGCAGGAGGUGGGGGGUUUGCCGUCACUGGUGUAACGGAGGCCACCCAAAAAAAAGAAAAACAAAGAAACACAAUUUCACUGAAAAAAGGGAACUAAAACCAACAAGAAAAUGCCGGCAGCGAAUAAAGAUAGUGAUGGUGGAUGGAAGAAGUUUCUCUGGAAUUCGGAAAAAAAGGAAUUGUUAGGACGUACCGGAGGGAGUUGGUCAAAGAUCCUCUUGUUCUACGUGAUCUUCUAUGGCUGCUUGGCUGGAAUAUUCAUUGGCACCAUCCAGGCCAUGCUGCUCACCUUGAGCAACUACAAACCCACGUAUCAGGACAGAGUGGCACCCCCAGGUCUAACACAUACCCCACGCUCAGAAAAAGCGGAAAUGGCUUUUAGUAAGGACGAUAUGAUGACUUAUGUGAAGUACACAAAAGUCUUGAAGGACUUCCUGGAGAUGUAUGAUGAUGACAAACAGCUGGACCAGAUGAAGUAUGAGGACUGUGGAGAGGACCCUGACACCUAUAAGAACAGGGGAGACCUGGAAAGUGAUGUGGGAGUCAGGAAGGCCUGCAGAUUCAAGAGGUCUUGGUUGGGCAGCUGCUCUGGCAUUGAGGAUAAAGAGUUUGGGUUCAAGGAUGGAAAGCCCUGUAUGAUCGUCAAGCUUAACAGGAUUGUCAACUUCAGACCAAGGCCUCCCACUUCCAACGAGAGCAUCCCUGAAGAGGCCCAGGCCAAAGUGCAACCCAACGUGAUCCCCAUCUUCUGCACCAACAAGAGAGAGGAAGAUGCUGGAAAGAUUGGAGAGAUCAAGUACUAUGGCAUUGGCGGUGGCUUCCCCCUGCAGUACUACCCCUACUAUGGCAAACUGCUGCACCCACAGUACCUCCAGCCUCUCGUGGCCAUCCAGUUCAUGAACCUCACAAUGAACACUGAGCUGCGUAUCGAGUGCAAAGUCUUCGGUGACAAUAUCAAUUACAGCGAGAAGGACCGCUACCAGGGACGUUUUGACAUUAAAAUCACCGUCAAUUCAUGACCUCAGCUAUGGAAAUAGCACUUCCUCUGCCCCCAUUUCAAUGAUUUAAAAAAUGAAAAAUAAAUUAAAGUAAAAACACAACUAGUCUUGAACAAACUGUCAUAACAUAACGGGACCUACACUUCAUCUGUAUGCUUUACACUAGCUUUUCUGCAUAUAUCUAGGGUUAGAAUGUAAAUUACAGAAAGAGUAGCAAUAGCAAAGUAUUUAUUCUACUGUAAAUGAAAAUAUUCCUUGAGCCAUGGGACAUGUUCAUUUAUUACUGUAAAUUGUAAUUCCACUACUGAUGUAGCGAGCAGUGUUUCUGUCCCCUAAGUAUUGCUGCCUUGUGUGGUUUAUAUAUAUUUUUGGAGUGUACAGUACAGUAGUUGCAUACAUCGGUCCUUCCCAAACCAUGCUGUAAUUUCUGUUUUCUUACGUGAGCAAGCUUUAGCGGUCCAAGGUGUGUGAGUGUGUGUAUGUAUGUACACACAUGUACAAACUGAAAAUACUGUCAUGGUACGCUCUGAUUGCUUCUAGGUCCGUGUGUGAGAAAAUGGCUGCACUCCGUGAAAUUCUUUACCUUUUCAGUGUGUCUUUUAAGUCGAUGAUUGUGGGAGACUAAAUUUUUUCAUCACUUGUUCUCUUCUUUUGGAUCACUUCUAAAUGUGGGAUGAGGGGUUUAUUACACUUUUUGUUUGAGGCUUUUACUUCCUUUUAUGCUUAAGUACAACGUAGAGUUGUGUGUCCAGCCAGUAAGACUAUUACCUUAAUGGUAAUGGUGUUAACUCAGUGCUAUUAAAAACAAUUGUUUUGCUGGAGACAUCACAUGAUGUGGUGUAACUUUCUAAUGAAUGUUUUAGCCAUUUUCAUGGUGGAAGAAUUUUAUAUUUAUGCAGUUGUACAUUUUUUUUUCUGCAGGAAAAAGUGUAAUGUAUAAAUACAAUACCAAAGUCACUGGUCAAAGGUUAGUUGAAUCUUAUCUGAAGCAAUGCAGUACCCUGUGUAAUAGGAUGUUUCAUUGGUGUUAAAAGUGCAAAAGUCAAUGUUGAACAUCAGUAAACUUAUCAGGAGUCCAUCUACUAGUCAUUUAUUUAAUCCGGUAGGACUUUAACAAAAAUAAAACGGAGAAACUUUA